AUGGUCUCAAAGCGCUCUGCGGACGAACAUGAAGACGGCAGAGCCAAGAAGAGAAGCUUUGCCGCUUCCGACGAUAUCAUAACUGUCUACGUCGGCCCAGGGAAGGUGCGACAUCUCGUGCACGAAAGCGUCCUUUGCAGGGCCCCAUUCUUCGAGAAGUGUCUCCACUCAGGAAUGCGAGAACAACUCGAAAAGGCCAUUAGCUUGCCCGAGGAAACCCCAGAAGACUUUGUCAUCCUCGUCGAGUGGCUGUACUCAGGCACAAUUCCCGCGAAGUCUGGGUGGUCUUGCAUGCUGCGCGCUUACAAUGCCGCCCAAAAGUUCUGUAUGCCCGACUUGCAGAACGCGCUCGUCGACCUGUUCCGAUCCCAGAUGGUGCCCUCCUCGCUCAGUCCGGAGUGGGUGUCGUACAUCUGGAAGAGCACGGCUGAAGGAUGCCAGCUGCGCCAGUUGGUCCUCGACCUGUUUUACUACCACAUAUCGAAGGACCCGUCUGCAUACAAGAAGGACGCCAGCGCCGACCCUUGGGAGAUGCCGAAGCUCUACGCUGUGCAACUGGAGCGACUCAUGGCAAAGACCCAGCUCGUUAUGGCCUUGUUCUGGCGCUUUGCUGAUAGGAAAGAACGCCCUUCAAAGGAUCCGGCGAAGAUGAAGGGGUGCGUCUAUCAUGUCCACGAGGAUGGGAACAAAUGCACUUGA